AUGCCAUGUGUUCCAUUGCGGCCGAGAUGACUAGCUAGAUGAUACAGAACGACUGCACAACUCGGUUCACUUCUUACAAGUUUACGGAAUACGCAUCAACUCGGAUCAGAGUGAGCGAGGUGAAGUUCAGGCUCUGAGAAGCAGAAACCUAAUCUAACUGGUUACCCUAGUUGCUGACUACAUGCGAACCAACCGGUGGACGAUCGAAGCAAAGGAGCUGUUUCAGAUUGUUCGCCGAGUCUAAACGGAAUAACCCAAGCUAUUACAUCGUAUAGAAACCCUGAUAUAAAAAAAAAUCAGCUCGAUUAAGCCAUAGAGGAAUUUUCCCCUGCUAGGCUGCUGCAGCUGUACAGUUCGCCUACGCAUUUGGAAUUAUAGCAUUAAGAUCUCGAGGAAAUAUUGGCAACAAAUUUAUUCACAUUUUGGCGCCACAAUGAGGUAAAUCAUCUGCUUCAAGCAUUGUAUAUUUUGCAUUUCGCAUGUAAGAGGCCUCACGGAUGUUUGGAUGCAUAUUCAGUCGGUCUGACAUCUGUUCAUAUUCAGGAUUAUGGAGGAUUAAGAACGUUUCUAUCUUUUCAAACAAUACAUUUUCGAUAGAUCUGUCUUUUUAUUAUUCCAAGAUAACCAUGCGAUCCAGAACUUUUUAAUCAAAGAUGUCAAACAGCAUGUACAUUUGAAGAAUAUCUUAUGGUUCGAAUAUCGGAUAUACCUACAAUAACCAUUGAAAUGGCAUCCUAUCUUGCUGGCAUCAGUCACGCAAGGUGGACAGUUCUUCUGUGGAUAUCCAUUUGCCACCAGGUGACACUUACGUCGUCAUCACCGUCGUCGUCCAGUUCUCGGCCUGGAGCAAUCAUCUACGACAGGCAACUCACCGUCGGAAGUUCGACGAGGGAUUGUUCAAGGCCGCAGAUUAUACCAAGUCGAGCCCCAAGUCGGCCAUCACUCUACACCUGUUGUGAGGGCUGGAAGCUACAGAAGAAUAAAUGCAUUCCAGACGAGGAGUGCUUCUCGAUGCCACUGGGGCAGGACUACCACGGUUUCGUCAACAAAACCAUCCGAGGACGAAGCUGUAUUCCGUGGUCGAGCCACCGUAUCAGGCCAUAUCUCAACGCUUCGAUGGUCAUCACGCCCCUGGUCGACCACGUACUCGCUCUCGGUGGCAGGAAAUGCCGCAAUCCGUGGUCGGACCGCCCGAUACCCUGGUGCUUCGUCGAGGCACGGCCACAUAGUGACGUCAUCAUGUGGGAGUAUUGUGACGUCGGCAAGCCCAGAAAAUCGUGUAAUGUGGCUACGAACUACCGCGUCCGCUGCGGUCAAGUCACCUGUAACCGCGGUCAGAUCUGCGACGAGCAGAGCCAGACUUGCGGUUGCCAACCGGGUUACCGCGGACCGAGAUGCGACCGCAAGUGUGAAGCGGGUCACUACGGUGUGGACUGCCGGGGACUGUGCGUGUGCAGCCAUUACGAGGUGUGUCACCACGUCACUGGCACAUGCAGCUCAUCAGAGGAUGAUUCGGACGGUGAAGAGAUGAUGAAUCCGCUACGGCCAUACGACCGGCUACCACCGGGUAAUGGAACCGCCAUGUGCCGGUCGUCUUGUGGUGUGCUUAGCAAGAUAGGAUGUACGUGUGCCCUGGAUGGAGGGACGUGUAAAUGCCCAGGUUACGUCAUCGCCCUAUUUGUGGUUUCCAUAACAACCUGGAUAACACUAGGGGGCGUCUGUGUGGUGUGCAGUAUCCGUAGGCGGCGCUAUAAGUCUAAGAUUGAAUACAAACGAGAUUCGGAUUAUUGUGAGGAAUUAGACUCGGAUGAAGAGACAGAACUGGGGACCAACAGCACCCAACCUACAACAGUAACUACUGCAUCAGACAUUAACACAUCAGCAAACGAAUCCUCGUCAUCUCCUCCGCCUUCUCUGUUACCUCCACCACCACCGCCUCCGGCAUCAUUGCCGCCCUCAUCAUCGUCAUCGUCACCGGCACUACCCAUGAGACCUCCGGAUGUCAACAAGCACCACGUCCGGUUCGCUGGGGGCGCCUCCCCGCAUCUGAAACACAGUCCUCCUCCGGACCCUCCGAUACCCGAACCAGCAGACUCCAGAAGCCUGGAAUCCUCAACCAGUAGCGAUGAUUCACACGUCUAUCUGAACGUCGAUCAAGUUGACCGCGAAGAUUCCAUGUAUAGCAUUGACUAUUCACACCCAUACGAAUACCUUCACAAGAACGGAGAGAAUGGGUUGCUGGGAGGUGGAUUAAACGGCGACGAUCCUCUCGAAAUGUCGCCGGAGUGUUUUUUAUUACAGUACAUGGUCCAACGGCAGAUGAGGGCGCUGAACAAUGCUCCACAUGGUUACGUGAACGACUCCGUGGCCAAGUGGCAGGAUAGAAAUAUCAGCAAGAGGUUGUUUCCGUUCGGGCAGGCGCCGUUUCCCAUAAACUCGAAUACGCCUGCAGCCGUCGUCGUCGGGGCGGCGGCGAACCGUGGUCGAAAUGAAGCAAGGGAGAUUCUCCAAUCUGCGUUCCGGCGGAACGGGAAGCCGACCAUCAAGCCGAAACCAGACGGACUGAAACGUGUCCCUCCCAGCAAAAAGUCUGGCCCUCACCAAAGACUCCUCGAGAAAUCCGAGAGUACAGAAUCAGAAAGUGAACACGUGAUCCUCAAUGGCUGUUCGUUAACGAACGGCACGAAUAGACGGAACAAUAACCCAGAUAUGAGAACUGACUCAAAUAGCAAUCCAAAACAGAUUUCGUGUCAGCAGCUUAAACCCGUCAUUCAAGAACGACCCGGAACAGUCCCGAGUCCGUUAACAUACAGAGACGAUGACGAUGAAGGAGAAGAUAUUCUUACUUCUUCGGAUGAUCAUAUUUACGAAAACUCACAAAUUCGAAAACCAUGCUACAGAUUUGCCAAAUCACGCAGUACAGAUCAGUUGAGUUCUUGAUGAUCUCAUGGAGAUAUGAACUACAAGAUAGCUUCGUGACAACUUUUCUCCCCGAUAAUUUGUGGUUUUGAAGGAUUAACAACAGUAUUUUCUCAUCCAUGGGUAAUUUGGAAGAAUACUUUGCAGGAUAAAAGUAGACACCAUGCGUCGAGGAAUGGGCGUCGAAAACGCGAUCCGACCGAAUGUGUCAUAAACGGUCUGUUCGAUCCUAAUAUGCAACUUACGCGUUCCUGAUCUAGUGUAUCUACUAAAACAAAGUUUUUGUCGAAUUGUUUAAGCUUGUACUUGUGGGUGGGAUGAAGGUGUGAAAUAAUUUAUAAAACACAACAUUAAGGCUGCAAAUGGGAUAUUAUGGAAUUAAGUUUUCAAGGAUUUUUAUAUUUGUCAUUACAAAGAAUGCUUAAUAUUGGACUAAGCUAACAAGAAAUGAACAGUCAAACUCGGUCAAUCAUAUUCUCUUUAGUGGAAUCAUAUUCUCUUUAGUGAAAUAUACCUCGCUUCAUUUCAUAAAAGUAAGAUAUUUUCAAGUUAAGCAACCCACAUCCAUUCACUACACCAAACGUCAACGGUCUCGGUGACGGGGCGAGGCGGUUAGUGGAUGGAAUCAUCGAGGAGCUCUAAUUGUGGCCAGUUCGCUUUCAGUGGGUUACAAUGUUUCGCAAUUUCUUUUAAUUUGUGCAUGCCCAACCAAGCAACACUUGCAUUAAUGUAACCCACUGAAAACGAAUUGGCCAUACUCUGUGAUAAAGUACUCUAAUUGCAUCCAUUUUUGAGGCAAUAUUCGAGUCAUGAACCGCCAUCUAUGCCACAGCACGACCCGACUUUGAAAUAGACCGUUACAACAAUCGAAAAAAGGGUUAAAUCGUGCAACAAACUAGAGUUCAAAGUUCCGAAUCGUCUUAUGAACACUUCAAUACAUUCUUAUGGCUAUUCCAUUCCUCUUCACAGGUAUAAAGUUAAAUUCAAAAUCGUAAUGACGUCAUAAAAAAAUUGUGCGAUUAGCUAAGAUAUUUAGCCAAUUUGGUCAUUGCUCUUAACUGAAGGAUUGCAACUACUUAAAAUGUUAAAAUUAGUAUUCUAAUAGUAAUCCUGAACUUUAAAUAUGAUCAUUCUAUUAGAGAAUGAUCAAUAUUCAGUUUUGUCCAAAAUCGGAUCGUAGAUCAGUCGUAAAAAGAAGUGUGCUGUGGCCUAAGCCGGCGAUGUAUGAUCGCCCCUUUACUAUCUUGAUGAAGUGUUCUUUCACUCUGCCCACUAAGAUGUCACGUAUCCCAGUCUUGGUUUUUUUUUAUUACCUUCCGUGAUUGUCUCUCUUUUUAAUUUAUUCGAAGAAAAUACAUCGUUACUGCCAAUAUUAAUUCACACCUUUUUUUUUUUUUUCUCAAAACUGCGAGCCCGGGGUGUGCGAGUAGGCCGCCAAAUGCGAGCCAAAUACAAAUCUCUAACUUCAGACACCCUACACAUUCAAACACACCCAUCCGCAUUCUCCCCUCCCUGCCCCCACACUUCUCUAUCUCUAUCUUCCCAC